GGCGGCGAAGCAAACAAGAGGGGAGCGGCCAAACGUUACGUUAGUCAAUCAAGAAGUGCAUAUGAACGAAAGUGUUUCUAAACAUGGAAACUUAGAAACAAAUAAAAUAGAAAUGCCACGCAGCUUCCCAAACGCAUCGUGCGUGUUUUCCAUGGAGAGAAGAGUGAAGGGGGCCGGCAGCAAGGAGGAGUCCAAGCAGAAGAGCAGCAGCAUCACCCCUUCGUAAAGCAGGUGACAAUCCAUAGAGGAAGCCUAAGCAGAUGAUUUUUGGGAGCUGCCAGACGGAAAAAGAGGGCAAAGGAGAGUCCAAAAACUGAAGCAAAAUUGAAGAAUAGAAAAAGCAUCUUCUGCAUCUCAGUCCAAAAAAUAAUGCAGAAACAAAGAGAAAGAAGCUCGUACCCACCGCAUGACAAAAACUUAAGUUCUGAACCAGGCUUUCAAUGUCAGAGAGAAAUGCAUGCAGAAGGGAAACCUCAUAAAUGCUUGGAGUGUGGAAAGAAUUUCAGGCGGAGAGGACAGCUUACUGCACACCAUAGAACCCACACUGGAGAGAAACCAUAUGAAUGCUUGGAGUGUGGAAAGAGCUUCAGCACGAGUGGAUAUCUGAAUAUACACCACAGAAUCCACACUGGGGAGAAACCAUAUGAAUGCUUGGAGUGUGGAAAGGGCUUCAGCACAAGUGGAGAGCUUACUAGACACCAUAGAACCCACACUGGUCAGAAACCACAUACAUGCUUGGAGUGUGGAAAGAGUUUCAGCACGAGUGGAGAGCUUACUAUACACCGUAGAACCCACACUGGGGAGAAACCAUAUGAAUGCUUGGAAUGUGGAAAAUGCUUCAGCCAGAGUGGACAGCUUAAUCAACACCAUAGAACCCACACUGGGGAAAAACCACAUAAAUGCUUGGAGUGUGGAAAGAGUUUCAGCCAGAGAGGAUACCUUAAUAUACACCUUAGAACCCAUACUGGUGAGAAACCAUAUGAAUGCUUAGAAUGUGGAAAGAGUUUUAGCACGAGUGGAGAGCUUACUAUACACCAUAGAAUCCACACUGGGGAGAAACCAUAUCAAUGCUUGGACUGUGGAAAGAGCUUCAACCGGAGUAGAGAGCUUACUAUUCAUCAUAGAACCCACACUGGGGAGAAACCAUAUGAAUGCUUGGAUUGUGGAAAGGGUUGCAGCACGAGUGGAGAACUUACUAUACACCAUAGAACCCACACUGGGGAGAAACCACAUAAAUGUUCAGAGUGUGGCAAGAGCUUCAACCGGAUUGGACUCCUCAGUUUACACCUCAGGACCCACACUGGGGAGAAACCAUAUGCAUGUGUGGAGUGUGGAAGGAGCUACGGCACGAGGGGACAGCUUACUAGACACCAUCGAACCCACACUGGGGUGAAACCAUAUGAAUGCCUGGAGUGUGGAAAGAGUUUCAGCACGAGUGGAGAACUUACUAUACACCAUAGAACCCACACUGGGGAGAAACCAUAUGAAUGCUUGGAGUGUGGAAAGAGCUUCAGCACGAGUGGAUAUCUGAAUAUACACCACAGAAUCCACACUGGGGAGAAACCAUAUGAAUGUUUGGAGUGUGGAAAGGGCUUCAGCACAAGUGGAGAGCUUACUAUACACCAUAGAACCCAUACUGGGGAGAAACCAUAUGAGUGCUUGGAGUGUGGAAAGAGCUUCAGCCAGAGAGGAUACCUUAAUAUACACCGUAGAACCCACACAGGAGAGAAACCAUAUGAAUGCUUGGAGUGUGGAAAGAGCUUCAGCCAGAGGGGACAACUUAAUCAACACCAUAGAAUACACAUGGGGGAAAAACCAGCCAGAUUGGACUGCUUAAUCAAUAUCAUAGCAUAGGCGUGUGCAGAAACUGGUUUGGCCGUCUAUGCACAGAUCACAGAGGUAGUUCAAAAGACUGGCGUUUGAACCGUUUUGGUGGUGUUGGGGGCUUCCUUUAAGGUGCGUGGAGGGUGCUCUUACUAAACACCAUAGAACCUGUUGGGGAUACAGCUCCUACCGUAUUGACUCUCUGCAUUCUCUCUCUUUUUGGCCAUGAGGGGCAUUAGGAGUAGCGAUAGUGAGGGGAUUCCCCUUUCCCCCCUUUCUUUGUAACACUGAGCUGCCUUGAUGGCUUGACUGAAAUUUUUAGGUAGCAGAAUAUCAGUCAUUAAGACAAUGAAAGGAAAUUAGGAGGGUAGGCAAGAACUGCAUUCCAAACUUGGUAAAUGUUAACAAAUAUGUUACCUCUGCAUCAACUCUAAGCAUAUGCAGUCACAAUGCUCCCAGAAGAAAGGGAUCCCUGGUGGAGAGCAAUUCGGAGUGCAUCCCCAAAUGGAUGACUCAUCGGGGAUCAGGGCAAUGCACUCAUACAAUUGGCAGGCCUCCAGACAGAAGGCCUCCAGACAGAAACUUCAUCAAGUCAGGACAGAGAGUUUUGGAGCCAGUUCGGCAGGUCAUUCUAGAGGAAUCUGUACAAACCAUUAUAGAGGAAUUUGCAUUGACUCUGGGGCAACCCAUAAUCUAAUUAAAGAAAAGCACUGAAUUAGUAACCCACUGCAAAGAUCCCCUCUACUUUGAAGGUGGAAGACCAUUCUUUUCAGAAGGCAGAUGAACAGCAAGUCUGUGCUGUCAAUCGGACAAGGGAGAAACUAUUGUACUGAUUGUUACAGACAUCCCAGUGCUUGAGGACAGGGAGUUAUGCUACUGAAAGAGGAUAUGAAGUAGAAUUUAAGGGAAAGCAUUAUUUGUCACAGAUGGAGAUGAACUGCUUAUGAAAGGGACUCUUCAGGAGAAGGGCCUAUUUGAAGGAGACUGUAUAAAUGAGAAAGCUAAAUUUGUAAAACAAUGUUCACACGAGUAAUAUGAAAUUAUGAGAUUGCUCACAUAAAUGCUGAAGCUUACUGCUAUGAUGUCCCACUCAAGACAUGGUGGCAGAUGGGCUUUAGGAGUAAAGGGAGCCAAGGAAGAAUUUCCUUUCCUUUCCUUUCCUUUCCUUUCCUUUCCUUUCCUUUCCUUUCCUUUCCUUUCCUUUCCUUUCCUUUCCUUUCCUUGUUUUCCUCUGCUUUGGGUUCCCCUGAUUGGUAGCCUGAUAUUCUCAGGGUUCUGGAUUUCUGAUGUUUAUUGCCGUGUUUGACAUCUUGCUAUUCCAAGAAUCUACUUCAGACUUUUCGCAAGGCAGAUUUGCUUUUGCUGAAUGGGGCGGCUUUGAGUGACUACCCAGCAGACCCUCACUUAUCGAUUUCACAGCCAUAUCCCGCAAUCUAGCACCUCACAUAAGGAAAUUCCAUAUAAUUAGUCGCCUGCAGAGUGAUCAUUUCCCAAUGGAUUUGAUCAUAGGCUGGAAGGGGAAAUUGCAUCUGGACUGGAACCAGGUCCCGGUUAGAGAGGAGGAGCAAUGUUUGCAUCCUGUAAAAUGGUCCUCCAGACAACAAAAUUUAGUAAGCACGAUUUUAAGCUCACAGCAAGCUAGCAGUCUACGAACUGCUUUAAUUACCGGGUCGCACGACUCCUGCGAGAGCUGUACGAUACUAGAAUACUAUAACAAUUUGGUCCUUCUUUUACAGCCACUAUUACAGCACUAGCCACUACGAAAUCCUUAUCUAACAUGACCCGGAAAUUGUCUUCUCGCCCUCGAUUUGAUGCCGGUUGUCAUGAGGAAAAAAGAAACCUUAUCAAUGCGUUUAAAAUAUAUGCUGAGGGCUCCCACAUAUUCACGGCCCAGGAUUUGAUAGAAAUGAAAAGACAGUAUAAAAAACUAUUAAGGGAAGAGAAAGCAUUGGCCAUUAGGGAGACUUAGAAUCUUCUGAUUGCUGCCACUAAAAUGAAGAACACAGCUGUGUUUUGGUGUCUAUUAUUAUUAUUAUUAUUAUUUUAUUUUAUUUUAUUUUAUUUUAUUUUACAUUUAUAUCCCGCUCUUCCUCCAAGGAGCCCAGAGUGGUGUACUACAUACUUGAGUUUCUCUUUCACAACAGCCCUGUGAAGUAGGUUAGGCUGAGAGAGAAGUGACUGGCCCAGAGUCACCCAGCUAGUUUCAUGGCUGAAUGGGGAUUUGAACUCGGGUCUCCCCGGUCCUAGACCAGCACUCUAACCACUACACCACGCUGGCUCUGAUUAUGAUUAUUAUUUCUUGUUUACACAGUCAGACAGGUGUUAUUGACUAGUUUGUUUUAUCCAGACAUCGAGUCCUUCCCAAGGACCUGGGAUGACUGAAUUCUAUUGUCAAUUGUUAUAGAUAUCGUCGCAGAAUAUAGGCUAUUCCCAGUAAAGUUGCUUUUUGUAACUGGCUGAUGGUGAUUUCUGUGGCCCCUAUGGUGUUGAGGUCUUUUGGAACCCAGGGUGCCAAUUACCACUGGGAUUAUUUUGGUCUUUUUCUGCCACAGCCUUUCAAUUUCAAUUUGUAGAUCUUUGUAUUUUGUGAUUUUCUCUAUUUCUUUUUCUUCUAUUCUGCUAUCCCCUGGUAUUGCUAUGUCGAUUAUUUUAACUUGUUUUUCUUUCUUCUCGACUACAGUUAUAUCUGGUGUAUGGUGUGGCAGAUGUUUGUCUGUUUGUAGUCGGAAGCCCCAUAAUAUUUUUACAUCUUCAUUUUCUUCAACUUUUUCAAUUUUAUGGUCCCACCAAUUUUUGGCUACAGGUAGCUUGUAUUUUUUGCAGAUGUUCCAGUGUAUCAUCCCUGCUACCUUGUCAUGUAUUAUUUAUUAUUA